AUGGAAUCACAAAUCACAAACCACUCACCUCAUCCAUCCUCAUCGCCUUCAAAUUCUUCCAAAUGUCCUCGGUCACUUCGCGAACGCUGUGCCGUGAACCUUCAAGUCAAAACUUCUUUCGAACCUUUGGACCUCGCUAUUUCGAGGAUGAGACUGAGGUCUCGCAAUAUUCAUCAGCUACCUGGCUGGAGCACUGCUCCCCAGAAAUCCGCUUUGAAGGAGCGCAAUUAUAUGCAGGAUUAUGACUCCUUUUCUUGGGAAGUUGAAGUGACGGGAGAUACAGCCAUUCUGUCUAUGAACGAAAGCAUUGAGUUGGAUCCGGUCAGCAAACGCUGCCUGCAAGAGAUUAUUCCAGGUCUAUUUGUCGCGUUUGUCGAUUCUGAUGAAGAACUCUCCGACCUACGGGCAAAUAGUGGACACAACUUCACUCACAUCAUUCAAAUCGCCCAGACACAAGAGCCACUCAGUGGACCAAAGCGCGAAACCUCCCGACAUGCAGAAGACAUCGAAAUUUUACGCUUGUUUCUUCCUCUACACCCACAGAAUAAAGGCCAGGUGAAAUUACAAUUAAGCCAGCUUCUUGCUGCUCGUGAUUUCCUCGCGAUCGUUAUGCCAUACUCAAAAGUAGCAGUUAUACCUUACGCUUGCCAGACCCCAUCCGAUGUUCGAUUUCUAGUGGCCGUUCCAUCUGGCCUCCCUGCAGAGGCGAUGUCCAUGGUUGUAUCUUAUCUCACAUAUACCUCUGGCGAGAAUGCUGAGACUGUGGUAUUGUACAUGGAAGAAGAAGAUGAGUGUUCAACAGUAUGGAGGGGCAAUUUAUCUUCAGAAAAACUCAGAUUGAUAAAUUUUGUAGCAAGUCUUCCGUAG